AGGCAGAGGGUGAACCAGACAGAUAAGGAGAACCACAGACGCCUCACAUGGUGAGAAAAUGCCCACCAACUUCACCGUGGUCCCCGUGGAUGAUGGCAGAAAGUCCUCUCAGGAAGACUCGGAUGACAACAACACCCUGCAGGAGGAAGAUGAAGAAACAUUAGGUGAUGGAAACCCAAGGGAAAGCCGCCCCUUCAUCAAUAACACCGAUGAUGAUAAGGGAACUCUAUAUGAUAGGAAAAACAUGGCACUUUUUGAGGAGGAGAUGGACAGCAAUCCCAUGGUGUCUUCGCUGCUCAACAAACUGGCCAACUACACGAACCUCACGCAGGGCGUCCGGGAACACGAGGAGGCCGACGAGGACGAAGGUGCCAAGAAGAAAACAGUCAAGAGUCCACAGAUGGGGACGUUUAUCGGGGUCUACCUGCCCUGCCUGCAGAACAUCCUGGGAGUGAUUCUCUUCCUGCGAAUGACAUGGAUCGUGGGUACGGCGGGAAUCCUGGAGUCCUUUAUCAUUGUGUCCAUGUGCUGCUCGUGUACAAUGCUGACAGCCAUAUCGAUGAGUGCCAUUGCUACGAACGGUGUUGUUCCAGCUGGAGGCUCGUACUACAUGAUCUCUCGCUCUCUGGGCCCAGAGUUCGGAGGCGCUGUGGGUCUGUGUUUCUAUCUGGGCACCACAUUCGCUGGCGCCAUGUACAUCCUCGGGACUAUCGAGAUCUUCUUGACGUACAUCGUGCCCAGUGCUGCCAUCUUUAAGGCGGAGGAGAAGGCGCAGGAGGCGGACGCUCUGCUGAAUAACAUGCGUGUGUACGGGACGUGCUGUCUGACGCUCAUGGCUCUCGUGGUGUUCGUCGGUGUGAAGUACGUCAAUAAGCUCGCGCUGGUCUUCCUGGCCUGUGUGGUGCUGUCCAUCCUGGCCAUCUACGCCGGGGUCAUCAAAACCAUCUUCGAACCUCCGGUUUUUCCGGUCUGUUUGUUGGGCAACCGCACGCUGCAGAACCACGGCUUCGACAAGUGCAUGAAGACAGAAAUAAUAGACAACGUGACCGUGACCACGAAGCUCUGGUCUCUGUUCUGUGAAGGUCCAGAGCUCAACGCCAGCUGCAAUGAAUACUUCAGCCUCAAUAACGUCACAGAGAUCCAAGGUAUUCCCGGCCUCACCAGCGGACUCAUAUCAGAGAACAUGUGGGGAAGCUACGGUCCUGCUGGGAUGCUGGUGGAGAAAGCCGUGCCCUCGGUGCCGGCGAGCGACGCGUCUCAGGACAUAUACAUGCCGUACGUCGCCAAUGACAUCGCCACCUUCUUCACUCUGCUGGUGGGAAUCUACUUCCCCUCCGUCACGGGUAUCAUGGCUGGAUCGAACAGAUCCGGGGAUCUGAGAGAUGCUCAGAGGUCUAUUCCCAUCGGCACCAUCCUGGCCAUCGCCACCACCUCCAUCAUCUAUCUGUCCUGCGUGGUGGUGUUCGGAGCCUGCAUCGAGGGUGUGCUACUCCGAGACAAGUUUGGAGACUCUGUUAAAGGGAAUUUGGUGAUUGGCACGUUGUCCUGGCCCUCUCCCUGGGUGAUCGUGUUUGGCUCGUUCUUCUCCUGCUGUGGGGCGGGGCUUCAGAGUCUCACCGGCGCCCCCCGGCUGCUGCAGGCCAUCGCGCGGGACGGCAUUGUGCCCUUCCUCCAGGUGUUUGGUCAUGGGAAAGCCAACGGAGAGCCGACCUGGGCUCUUCUUCUGACGGCUGUGAUCUGUGAGAGCGGGAUCCUCAUCGCUUCUCUGGACGCCGUGGCUCCGAUCCUGUCCAUGUUCUUCCUCAUGUGUUAUCUGUUCGUGAAUCUGGCCUGUGCUCUGCAGACGCUGCUGAGGACGCCCAACUGGAGACCAAGAUUCAGAUACUAUCACUGGGCUCUGUCGUUUCUCGGCAUGAGUUUGUGUCUGGCUCUGAUGUUCAUUUCCUCCUGGUACUACGCUCUGGUGGCGAUGCUCAUCGCUGGAUGCAUCUACAAAUACAUCGAGUACCGCGGAGCGGAGAAGGAGUGGGGCGAUGGGAUCCGCGGUCUGUCGCUCAACGCGGCGCGAUACGCUCUGAUUCGAUUGGAGGAGGCACCGCCACACACCAAAAACUGGAGACCUCAGCUGCUGGUGCUGCUCAAUCUGGACUCUGAGCUGUCUGUGAAACAUCCUCGUCUCCUGUCCUUCACCACGCAGCUGAAAGCAGGUAAAGGUCUGACCAUCGUGGGCUCGGUGCUGGAGGGAACCUUCCUCAGAAGAGAGAGCGACGCCAAGAGAGCAGAACAGAGCAUCAAAUCAGCCAUGGCAGCAGAGAAGACGAAGGGUUUCUGUCAUGUGGUGGUGUCCUCAAACCUGCACGACGGCUUCUCUCACCUCAUCCAGUCAGCAGGACUCGGAGGAAUGAAGCACAACUCUGUUCUGAUGGCUUGGCCCGCAAACUGGAGACAAUCCAACGACCCACAGUCCUGGAGGAACUUCAUAGAAACGGUCCGAGAGACCACUGCAGCCCAUCAGGCCCUGCUGGUGGCCAAGAACGUGGACAGCUUCCCUCACCAGGAGCGUCUCGCGGAGGGAACCAUCGACGUGUGGUGGAUCGUUCACGACGGAGGCUUGUUGAUGCUCCUGCCGUUCUUACUGCAGCAGCACAAGGUCUGGAGGAAGUGUAAGAUGCGCAUCUUCACCGUGGCUCAGCUGGACGACAACAGCAUCCAGAUGAAGAAAGACCUGCAGAUGUUCCUCUAUCAUCUCCGGCUCAAUGCUGAGGUGGAGGUCGUGGAGAUGCACGACAGUGACAUCUCAGCGUUCACCUACGAGAAGACUCUGGUGAUGGAGCAGCGCUCUCAGAUGCUGAAGCAGAUGCAUCUGUCGAGGACGGAGCGCGAGCGAGAGAUUCAAAGCAUCACAGAUGAGUCGCGUAGCUCCAUUCGGAGGAAGAAGCAGAGCGGCGCUCAUGGCUCGGCCGUCAAUAACCAGAACGCCAGUCUAGAUGACGAUAAACAAGACGAGGCUCAGCUGAUCCACGACAGAAACACGGCGUCUCACGCGGCUCUGAACGACAAGAGCGACGCCACGCCGGAGCGAGUCCACAUGACCUGGACCAAAGACAAGUUCUGCACCGAGCGAACACGCACUCGAGAGCCCAACGCGAGCAAAGCUGUACGAGAUCUGUUCAACAUGAAGCCCGAAUGGGAGAGUCUGAAUCAGUCUAAUGUGCGCUGCAUGCACACGGCCGUCAGACUCAAUGAAGUGGUGGUCAAUAAGUCUCAGGGAGCUCAUCUGGUGCUCCUCAACAUGCCUGGACCACCCAAGAGCAGAGGCGGCGACGAAAACUACAUGGAGUUUCUGGAGGUUUUGAUGGAGGGUCUCAACCGGGUCCUGUUGGUGCGCGGCGGCGGUCGUGAAGUCAUCACCAUAUACUCAUAAAACGGACCGUGGCCCGGUUUUUAUUGUCCCCAAAGCAAAGCUGGACGUCACGGAGAAAGCCAGUGGCGUUAAGUCCGGCUGCGUUCAUUAGAGAAAGAGACUCAACAUGAAGGAAACGAAACGAGCGACGGCUCGAUUCAUAACACGACACUUUAAUUUAUGACUCUUACUGUUUUCUUUUGUUUGUUCGUAAAAUAUGUGCUAGUUUUUAUGUCUGUUUAUUGUGCAACAUUGUUUGGUUUUUCCAAAAGGCUAAAACGUUCAGCAGUUUUAAUCGACACAAAAGCAGGAAACAUUUGAGUUGUGAUGCCUGUUUAAUAUUGAUUAAUUAGUCUCCAUUACGAACUUGCAUUGCUUUGUUGUUUGCGUAUGUUAGCUACAUUCAAAUCACUUGAGACCCAAAAUAACAUCUAGCUUCAAUGAACCAGGCUGCGAAAACAAGUGAUUGUGCUGUUUGGCAUAUCCAAGACGCAAAAACGCACUUUUUACGAUAUCAAGGGAACGUGUUCGUUUUUUUACAUUGGAUAAUUUUAACAAUAAUGCAGCGCAGAUGAUGAAUGUGUCAGAAGACGUUACUGACUUCAUUAUACGGAUUGUGCAAUAACUUUUAUUCCUUAUCAAGGCAUCACUAGCCGAACAUACCGAGGGUUUUAUAUUAUAAAUGUUGAUAUUUUUAACGCGAACAAUGUUCAAGAAGAAAAGCUUAAUGUUCGAUCUCAUUAUUGAGCACUGAGCUUUUGUUUUGGCUCCAUCUCGGCAUUAAUCGCUGAAAUUAGUUUAAUCAGGAUAAUUUCAGCUGUAUUUGCACUUUUUAUUUGAUUUAUUUUUCAUAAAUUGUAUGAUGAAAGCACACGGCAUGGCUGACUCGUCAAAAUCCAGCACUUCAAAAUCUCUUUCUCUCAGCAAUAAAUGUGUUUUCCGAUGAGCUGGAAUGAAAUUUAGUUUCUGUCUUGACAUUUUAUGAC